AUGGUCAUCGCAUAUUCCAAAUGCUCAAACUUUAGCUCCGCACGCCAAGUGUUCGACGAAAUUCCCCACAAGAGUGUUUUCUCGUAUACUGUUUUAAUAGUCGGUGCGACGGAGAACGGGUUUCACCGUGAUGGGUUUGGUUACUUUGUCGAGAUGCUUCGUUGUGAUGUUUCCCCCGAUGAAUACGCUCUUUCUGCGGCAGCACAGGCGUGUGUUGGUGUGGAUGACGUUAGUCUUUUUGAAAUGGUUCACGCUCAGGUUUUGUUACGUGGCUUUUCGUCUCAUACGUUUGUUGACACGUCUUUGCUUAGCGUGUACGCUAAGUUAGGGAGGAUUAGGGAUUCAUGUAAGGUGUUUAACUCCAUGGAGAGUCGUAACGAGGUUUCAUGGAAUGCGAUGAUAUCAGGGUUUGUGUCAAACGGUUUUUACUCGGAAGCGUAUGUUAGUUUCUUGAGGAUGAUGGAAGAAGGGAUUAGACCGAACGUGCCGUGUUUUAUUAGUGUUUCCAAAGCUAUUGGGAAGCUGGGAGAUGUUGAGAAAGGUAGAUACGUUAGUAGUGUGGCUUUGGAGAUGGGUAUGCAGUCAAAUGUACACGUGGGGACAGCUUUGAUUGAUAUGUUUGCGAGAAGUGGAUGUGUGGCUGAAGCACGGUCGGUUUUUGAGUCGAGUUUCUCUGGAUGUGGAGUGAGUUUACCGUGGAACGCUAUGUUAUCUGGUUAUACGAUGGCUGGGGAGGGAGGAGAAGCGAUGUUGAUGUUCCUUAGAAUGUGUCAGAAUGAUGUGAAACGAGAUGUAUAUACAUAG